AUGUCGUCCCUCCCCCGCACAAUCAAGGGCUUCCUUAAGUUGGGCCCCGGUCGCUUCUUUCGCCAGCUCAACAACAUCGGUGACACCAAGGUCGGAACCUUGGUCGGCACUGAUAAGUUCGGCAACAAGUACUUCGAGAACUUGGACGAGAGCUACGGUCGUAACCGCUGGGUCCAGUUCGCCAAGGAGGACAGCUUUUUCUCCAGAGCCGAGGCCAACGCCUCCCAGGUCCCUGCCGAGUGGCACGGUUGGUUGCAUCGUAUGUUGGAUACUCCCCCUACUCUCGACAAGACCAUGGUUAUCCCCAAGUGGGGUGUUGAGUUCACCGAGAACUUGACCGGUUCGCCACAAGCCUUCAAGACCUACAAUACCACCCGCUCAAAGUUCCAGGCCUGGACCCCCAAGGUUGCUAACCGCGCUUAA